AAAUAAGACCUUAUUUGAAGCAAAGAGACUAAGUUACCCUUCCCCAAUCAAUUUCCCGCAGCCCAACCCUUCGUCUAUACCCUCUCAAUUCCAUAAUUGCAGAGAAGAAGUUUCUCUGCUACACCACCACAUGUUGCUCCGCCAUCACCCAUCGUCACCCGCCGCUCCACCCUCACACUCCAUCGUUGUUGCAGGAAAGUUCAAAUCCCCCGCUCGAAGUUCACCACUGUUGAUCGACUGUUUCAGAUUCGCUCGAAGUUUACACUCCAUCAUCGUUCCAGAAAUUUUUGCUCCGGUGACAAAGAUUGAAAUUGACGGUGAUCUAUUUCGGGAUGAAGCUUUGCGCCUCCGCAAAUUUUGCAUGAAGUCAAAGUAGAUUUGAUCAUCUCAUCUCCUAUCACAUGAUUGAGAGGGGGGUGACCGGAUGGGGAUAGAUGAGGGGCUACCGGCUACGACUAGCGAGUUGGGGAGGGGCCUGGGGCCUGGGGCUAGUGCGGUCACCCGGACUAGGUCCGUGCAGUUGUACAUGGGUUUGGAAGGGGGCUGGGCUAGGGAUCGAGCGGGUUGCUUCUGGGGAGCGGAUGGAUCUGGGUUGGGGUUGGGGAGGGGUAGGGGCUUGUGCGGGGCUGGUGCAGCGAUGGAGGUUGGCCGCCGGAUAUUUGCUGGUCGGCUGUGGUGGCCAAAGAUGGUGGCCGUUGCCGGCGACAUGAGAUGGUGGUCGACAGCGAUGGUCGGUGGUGGAGAGUGGUUGUGGCCGGCGGCGAAAGGUCUGGUGGUGAUUAUAGUGACACCGUCACACCGACGAUGGUUACAAUGACACAUCGACGGUGGCUACAGUGAUACCGACGGUGAUUACAGUGACACGGAUCGUGACUACAGUGACACGGACGGUGGCUACAGUGACACAGACGGUGGCUACAGUGACAUGAGCGGUGGCUACAGUGACACGAGUAAUUGGCGAACGGGUAACUGUAACUGGCGAGUCAUAUAACUGUAAUUGGCGAAUCGGGUAAUUGUAGCAUGUGAGUCGGGUAAGUGAGUAAUAGUAACUGGUGAAUCACGUAAUUGUAACUGGCAAGUCAUGUAACUGGUGAAUCGGUUAAUUGUAACCGGCAAGAUCAUGUAACUCUAAUUGGCGGCAUGUCACCGAAUAAAUAUAAUUGGAGGGAAGGAUAUAAAGUUCAAUUUUUUGUGGCAUGCCUAAACAUGUGCACUGGAAAAGUGGAAACGAAGAACAAGAGUGAAACAUGAUUACCUCGGCAUAUGAAUUAGUUCAUUGCAUAUGGAGUAUUAAUUUAUUAAGGAGGAACAUAUUUGAUAAUUCCAUUCCAAAGUUACUAAUAGAUCAUACGGAUGGUUUCAUUUUUGGAAAUUAUUGAAAGAGGUCAUAUAUUUGUCCAAACGCUUUUAAUUAGUAAUAUUCAUGACCUAACCCCUUGAAAAAUAAUUACAUAUUCAAAAAAAUUAAAUAUACAGAAUUUUGAAUGUAAUUUUUCUUAAAGUACUUAAAAUUUUAAUUAUU